GCACCUCUUAAGCAGUCCACAUAAGCCGUGGCAUCCACGGCAGUUGUCGAACCCAUCACUACCGCAUCAACAUCACAAUCUGACUAGCAAUGGUGAAGAACGAGUCACACUUCCACAUGGCCAUGGAGGUCGAGGACACCAAGACGCCUUGGGCCGACGUCACGGAUAAGAUUCUGAGCUACGACCCCGACACGAAGAACGUCACUAAGCUGCAGGUGUACGCGCCCGGGUGGAAGCAGGGCCAUGGCACAUACACGCACCCGUACUGGGAGGAGAUUUUUGUUGUGUCGGGCAAGGUGUACGACCACACCAUCAAGCGCUGGGUGUAUCCGGGCGAGUACGCUUGCCGUCCGCCCGGGCAGAAGCACGGGCCGUUUGAAUGCGCGCCCGACGAGGGGGCGGUCGUGCUCCUUAUCAACACACCGAGCUGGCCGAAGGAGUAGGGUUGUGACAUGUACGUUUGAUUGUAUGCAAGAAUCGAUGUCUAGCUUGG